GGGAAAACAGUCAGAAACAGUCAUGACUUCAAUGAUGUUUCUGACAGUUGUGUUGUGACAAAUUAUGAUGGAAGUAAAAAAAUGUUUAUUUUAUUAACAAUGGAACUUGUAUAAAAGUUACGAUUGCAUUAUUUCAUUUUGUAACAACGAUUUAUAUAUUGUGUAAUAUACAGGCAUGAUUUUUAAAUGACCUCACGAACCGAGAAAAUCUGUGUCAGCAUUUCCUUUAAUUUCUAAUUCUAAUUUUGCAGCUACUUACUAGUCCUCAUAAGUUAUUUAAUAGUUUCAUGUGUAUUUUUUUUAUACAACGAUGAACAGUGAGUAGCAGUAACAGACUGAAAAAGAAAUGAGGUUAAGAAUGAGGGAUAUUCUUGGUUUCCUAAUUAUCUGAGAACAUAUCCAUUAUUUACCUAUUGUCAAAGCAAAAUGGCAAAAUCGUGUGACCAGCAGCUUGGCAGUUUAAUAAAGUGGCUAGACACUUUUGAAUUGGAGUCUGUACACUCGACUCCAGAAGAAAUAAGCGACGGGGUAGCUGUCGCCGAAGCUUUAUCUCAAAUUGCACCCGAAUGGUUUACAGCAGUAUGGCGAGCAAAAAUAAAAACCGACGUCGCGACUAAUUGGCGUCUAAAAGUCAGCAAUCUAAAAAAGAUUGUCGAGGCUGUUACAGAAUAUUACGUGGAAUGUUUGAACCAACAACUCUCGGGAUACGUAAAACCAGAUGCGGCGAAAAUUGGAGAGCAUUGUGACACUCUAGAGUUGCGACGUCUUUUGCAAUUGAUUCUAGGAUGUGCUGUGAAUUGCAAUCAAAAGCAGCAAUACAUCACUCGGAUCAUGGGCCUCGAGGAAGUUGUGCAACAAGUCAUCAUGCAGAGUAUCCAGGAAUUGGAAGAGAGCAUGCAUGGUCCUCGAUUAAGCCUCGGGGCAAGUUUGAGUUUCGAAUCGUUUGAUGCGGGAGACGGAGCUCAGCAAAAAAUGAUGGCAGAACUUGAAAUGGCUGUCGAGUCGAGGGACCAAUUGGCUCAGAGGUGUCAUGAAUUGGAUCAGCAAUUAUCCUUGCUUCAAGAAGAAAAGGCGACUUUGUAUGCGGAAAACAAGAAAAUGCAGGAGAGACUCGAUGAACUUGAAACUCCAGAGGAAAUGGGAACUAGCUUGAAGUAUUCUAGUUUAAGAAAGCAAGUCGAAGCUCUCAAAGAUGAGAUGUUUAAAAUGGAAACAUCGAGGGAUGAUUAUAGGCUGAAGAUGGAGUUGCUGGAGAAAGAGGUGCUGGAACUGCAGUCGAAACAAGAAGAUUUGCAGAAGGCGGCAGACGAGGCGAACCAUCUGAAAGACGAGGUGGACGCUCUACGAGAAACGGCAGACAAAGUGACGAAAUAUGAGCAGACUAUCGAGUCCUACAAGAAAAAGAUGGAAGACUUGAGCGACCUGCGAAGACAAGUUAAAAUUCUAGAAGACAAAAACAUGGAAAAUCUCCAAACAAAGAUUGACUACGAGGAAGAGGUGAAGAGAACUUUAAUGCUGAAAAAUCAUCUAGAAAUGUGCAAGCAGCAAUUGGCAGAAGUGCACCGAAAGCUGGAUGAGCAGAGCAACAAGUCCGACAAACUUGAAUUCGAAUCUAGAAAAAUGGAGGCCAAGCUCAACUCCGUUCAACGUGAAAGAGACAGACUAAUAAUAGAAAGGGACGUUCUCAAAGAAACAAACGAGGAAUUGAGAUGCACCCAGUUGAAUGUAACUGACAACAGGGGACAUCCGGGUGCCGAUGACACAGUCUCAAACACCGAGGUCAUACCACUCGAGAUUAAGGAGAAGCUUCUCGUUUUGCAACAUGAAAACAAAAUGCUGAAGCUGAAUCAAAAGGGAACAGAAGAAAAAUUACCUACUGUCCAAUCCUUAUUGGAAGAUUCCGAGGAACGGGCGAAUGCUCUCAGAGGUCAAAAUCGCAAAGCCAAUCAAAAGAUAAUUGAGCUUGAAAAUAAGCUUGAAGAAUUUGCGGAUAAUCAGGCCAACGGAGAAGCUAAAGUUGAGAGUUCGGGGUUACAGCAGAAGUUGAUUCAAGUUACGGAGGAUUUGAAAAAGGCGCAAGCUGAACGAGAGCGUUUGGUUCUGCAGUUGGAAGAGCGUGAAACCGCGCUGCAAACUCUAAAGCAGAAAUCUUUUACACUUCAGGAAAGUUUGGUCCGGAAGGAGGAAGAUAAUGCUGCUUUAGAAGAGCGGUAUAAAAAGUACAUAGAAAAGGCGAAAAGUGUGAUUAAGAGCUUGGAUCCGAAGCAGAGUAAUUCAUCACCUUUGGAAGUUGUACAUUUGAGAAAUCAGGUUAUGGAAAAGCGAAAGAUUAUUGAAGAAAUGGAGCGAUCUUCCAAAGAGAGCCAACUGCUCAAAGAGAAUGAGGAGAAGCUUAUGUUGUCUGCUUUUUAUAGACUGAGUUUAAACUGCCACCGGGAAGCUGUGGAUCAACGUUUAGCGGCUCUUGGCCAGGGGCAGGGGCAAUCUUUCCUCGCGAGGCAACGACAGCCAUCGUCGAGACGAGUUGGAAAUCCGGCUUAUAACUCGAAAUAGUAAUUUUAUAUCGUUUUAGAAUGAAGGUUUUAUAGAAAUUUAAAGACAAUUGAUUUUAGCUAUGAUUGUAUUGCAAUCAUGUUUUUUUUUUCUUCAGAAUGUCGUACGUUUUAGAAUAUUUUGUCUUGUGCUAAAGUUUUAUAAUGUUUGAAUGUAAGAAAAAUCAUGCUUUUUUUGAUUUUGAGAAAUGGAUGAUCAUUCAUGUUACCAGAAUUUUAUUGUAUUUUUUAGAUAAAAAGUGUGUAUGCAUGUAUUUAGAUACGUAUCUGUUUAAUAAUUUUUAUCUGACAUACUAUCACUUUCUUCAAGUCGAAAUUUAAACUCUGAUGGACAUCAUUCGUUGAUUUUUUUAAAAUGUGAACCUUCUUUAUAUAGGAGGUAAUUUAUGAAUGUUGAUACUUGUAAACAGAUUUCAUUUGUCACGAUAAGUUACCUGUGAGUUUUGUAGUAUAUAAGAGGUAUAUUCUAAAGUUGAAAA